AUGGAUGCUACAAUCUCCUUUAUGGAGAGAAUCAACAAAUUGGCCAUUAGAAGGAAAAACGAUACAUUUCAGUUUAAUAUUUUCCAGACUUGUACAAUAUUCAAUGAAGACUCCAUCAAAAACUGGCCUUUGAAAACAGAAAGCCUUUUCAACGACUUAAAACAAUUACAUGAUCCAAAUCAAAUCGAAAAGUGGUUUAGAACUUUAUUUAUAGAAAUUUUUCGUAUUAUUACACAUGAAAAUUGGAAAGACUUAUCUAUCAAUAUAAUUGACAUAUCUGAAUUAUUGAAUAAAUUAUUUACAGUUUGUGAUGAAAAAUUACUUAAAAUAAUCGGGAAAUCCUAUGUUGCAAUCUCUAGUGUGCUACCACAAUUCAACGAUAGUAACAAUACCAAUUAUUUGAUUUAUGAAACUAAUUUAAUUAAAUUAACUGAACUACUUAAACCAAUCCACAUGGAAAUUUUUAAGUUCAGUUGGUUAUCGGCAAAAUUAAGUGAGAGGAAACAAACAAUUCUACUAAGACAUCUUUUGAAAAAAUCUAAGUACGAAUUACAUAAAUUUAAUCUGUUACAUGAAAAUGCUACAGGAUUUUCUCAAUUAUCUUUACUUUUUAUCAAUUAUUAUGAGGAUUCAAGUAUCAUCGAUAAUCCAAAUCGUAUCGAUUAUUUUGUCAAUGAAAUGUACUACAUUAUAGGAAAAUAUUCCUUAGACUCCAUGAGAUCUCUAGAUAUUUUUCUUAUAAUAUCGUCUGAAUAUAUCUUAACAUCAUACAUGAAAUGCAUUAAUUUUUUGAAGCGUACUGACUUUAUAUAUAAAGAUAAUGAUAGCAACAGAAAUAACUUGAUCCUAUCUAAUGUUAUUCUUUUCAAUUUACAACAAAAUAAUGACAUUUCAACAAAUUAUCAAAACUUGGUCUCUAUUUUAAUCAAAUUCAAAUUGCUGGAUCCAAAUCAAAUAUGGGAAAACUUGUCACCAGAUGAUGCUACUUUAGACGAUUGGUUAAAUAAAUUAGAAGAUAUUCUUGAAAAGGAGUCAAUGAAGGGAGUUGAUAAUCCAUUAGCCAUGGCUGCUGCACUAACCAGUGGCGAUGACGAGGAUAAUGAGACUUUUGAUGAUAAGUCAAUAAAUGAUAAAAAGGAUUCCAACAAUAAAGACCCCGAGGAUGAAAGUGAAAUGAAUGAAACUAUUACAAAAAAUAAAGAUUCACAGUUGGAAGAAAUAGAGGAAUGGAAAAUGAGUAAAAAAAUCCACUUUUUGAAAAAUUUACUUAUACAUGGUUGUUUUAAUGAGGCCAUUUCAAUAAUUGUACAACAUCCCAAAUUAAUUUACUUAGAUCCCAAGAUUACAAAACUUUUAUCCCGUUGCAUUGAGUAUUCCAUUUAUCCAUUAUAUAAGAAAACACCAUACUGUUUUAAUAAAAACCAGGAUGCUCUACAACAAUGUUCGUUGAUUACAACAUUAGAUAAUGACUUAAUCAAUAGAAAACCUAGAUUAUUCAGCUCUACAAAAACUUUAGAUAUCGAUGACAACAUAGAAUUAAAUGUUCAGUACAUAUUUUAUUUUUCAGAAUGGGUUAAAGAUUUACCUGCAAUUGAUUCUAUUGAUCAACUUUUCAAAUCCUCUCAUGAAAUUCUAUCUGUGAUAGGUCCAUAUUUGGCACAUUGUCCAACAUUAAUUACAAAGCUUGUUAGAAUUGCCAUAAAUGAUAUUGGAAAAGAAGCUGAUAAUUCUGUCUCUUAUGAGAUUGUGGGUAAUACUAUUACUGUUGAAAAAUGGGUUGACUAUUCUAGAAAAUUCAUCUUCCCUUGCGUAUCACUCUUUGACAAAGAUACAUGUGUUGCUACAGAAGUUUAUAAUUUGAUGAAAUUAUUCCCUUUUGAAAAAAGAUAUUUUAUGUAUAAUGAAAUGUUAACGAAAUUAUCUCAAGAUUCUUUGCCUAUCAAAUUAGGCUUUAAUAAAGCAGAGAAAGAAGUAAAGUCUCUUUUAAAAGCAUUGAGUAUUGAUACUAUAACUAGGGAAUCCAGAAAUUUGUCAAAUCUGAUAUCUUCGAAUCCUUUAGCCACCUUAGUUCCUGUUGUAAAACAAAUUGAAAAUUAUGAUAAAGUGUCAGAAUUAGUUAUAUUUACAGCUAGAUUUUUCAAUGAAUUUUCUUUUGAUGUUUUACAAUAUGUCCUUUUACUUAGAUUGACAUUCCAAAGAUCUCCUAUACAGUCUAAUGGUGUUACCCAAGCUUUUUGGGUCCAAAGGUUGGCCGUCUUUAUUGCAAAUUUGGCUAAACAUUGUACAGAGAUGGAUCUUUCGAAUAUUAUUGUUUACAUUAUCAAAUCACUACAUAACAAAGAUGAUAAAACUAAUAUUAUUGCUGUAACUAUCUUGAAAGAAUUAAUCAGCACGGUUAGCGGUAUAAGGGAUCAGAAUGAAGUUCCAUUCAGAAAUUUACUUAUGUUGAAUUCUGGUGCACCUUUAAGACAAGAGGCAAGAAAAUUAAUUUAUGACUCAAGAGAUUCUAACAUUGAUGUAGCACAGAACUUAAUUUCAUUAUUUAUUAAACAAAACUCUAUCUCUGAAUUGAUAUUGCUAAUCUAUAAUUUGAAUUUACAAGCUAAUCAAAGUGAAGCACAUUAUAAGAUUUUAUCAUCUCGGUGUGAUGAAAUGACUAAUUUGUUGUGGUCCUUUAUUGAGCUAGUCAAAUUUUGUUGUAAGGAUGAUAGUUUUGUUGCUAAUGUUCUAUCUUUUCAAGAGUUAACAAAUAAAUUCCAUUUAGCUACCCCAUGGGUGUUUAACAUAUGGAGAGAUUAUUUUGAUCAAAAAGCGAAUGCUGAAGACGACAAUGAUAAAACAUUAACUAGUGGAGACAGAGAUAAAUCAGAUAUCAAUUUUGAUAUUGUGAUAGAGAAAGCAGCUUUUCACGAUAUUGAAUUUACACAUUUAUCUAGAGAUCUUUUCAUAACAUUUUGGAAGUUAUCAUUGUAUGAUAUCUACCUUGAUAAAUCACUUUAUGAUGAAUUAAAGAAUAAACUAGAAGAUUUGGAACGUAAAGAAGCAAAUUCUAGAAAGAAGCUUUUAAUUAAUAAUAAAAUUAAAAAAAUAUUGAUUGCAUUUAUUUCACAUCAACGGGUCUUCAAACAAACUUCAGGGUUAUUGAAAGAAAAAGUCAAUGAUUGGUUCGAAACCUUCACUACUGAAAAAAUCCAAUCAUUGUUACAAUAUGCUAUUAUUCCGAGAGUUUUAUUUUCUCCAUCUGAUGCUAUAUAUUCUGCAAUUUUUGUUUUACAAGUUUUUGAGAUUAAGGACAAAAUUAUGAUAUUUAAUGAACUUAUUCAAUCUCAUAUAUUGGAAGCGUUAUUAUUUAGUUGCACACAUGCAGAAGCUGGUAAUCUUGGAAUGUUUUUCUUUACUAUCCUUGAUUCUAUCGAAAAGGAAAGAAAAGAUAAUUCUCAUGGUAUUGCUUCUUAUAAUCGUCAAAUAUAUGAAUUACAAACUAGUAUAGUUAAACAAAUUGUUAAUUGUUUAAGUUCAAAAAAUUAUAUGUCAAUCAGAAAUGGGAUUGAGUUUAUGAAACAUUUGUCCUUAAUAUUCCCUGUAAUUGAUAAUCAUCUAACUUUGUUAAUUAUUCUUUUAGAAGAAAAUCUAUUAUCUGAAAAAAGAGAAGAUAUUAAAUUACCUACAAAUGCAUUGCUUGGACAUUUAAAAGCAAGAUUGAAAAACUCUGCUGUUAAGCUGGAAGAUUUCUGUGAGAUGACAGAAGAUGAAGUAAAAGAAAAGGAAGAGUACGAAUCUGAAUUAAAUGAAAUAGCACAGUAUGAGAUUGCACUUGCUAAUGAACAAAAGGAAAUUGAAAUAAGAAAGAAGUUAGAAAUGAACAAAUUGCAAAGACAAAAGGAACAAGAAGAGGAAGAAAAAAAGGAAAAGGAUAAAAUGCUUUUAGAUGAAAAAUUAAGUCGUUUGCCUAAAGCACCAAGUGGUACUAAACUACCUCUGCAGAAGGAAGACACUGGACCAAAGAAAUUAGAAUGGAAAAUGCAUAAAGUGGAAAGUUGUAUGGAAGAUGUUAUUGAAUCGCUUAAGAUAAACGAUGUAGAAAGUGCAUCUUUAUUUAUUCCCGAUAAAAAAGUGCAAAAAGAAUUAAAAAUAUUAUCCAAGGAUCAAAAUAAAUCAUUGAAAGAAUUCAGAGAAAGUGUUCACAAAAUUUUGAAAGAUUGGUUUACCUCGAUAGUUUAUUAUCCAAAUAACCCAGAUUUUAUCAAACAAUUAAAUUCAUUAAAAAAUGCUAUUACUUAUAUCUCAAAUCAAAAACUUUCUCUUAUGGAAGACAUGUAUGAUGAUAAUAUACCAGUAUCCCAAAGACCAAGUCGUUACAAUAACACCACUACUGUAACUAAAUCUAAGAAAAUUAUUGCUCUUCCAUCUCAGCCUGCUUCUUCCUUAUCUUCUGGAUCAAAAGUUGUCGAUACUUCGAGAGCAUCAUUAGAACAAUCAAGAUAUUCUGGUGAUAAAACUGCUAAUAAGGUUGAAACGAGUCCAGCACGAAACCUCCCAACAAAACCAACAGAAAAAAGAUAUAGAAAUGGUAAUGAUUCCAGAGGAUUUGAUAAUAUGAGCGAUGAUAAUUCUAAAACUGGACCUCCACAUGAUUUAAGAAAUACUGAAAGAUGGAUGCCACCAAAGGGACCUAAUAGAUCAAGAUUCGAUAACUCUAGUAGAAAUGAUAGACAUGUAUCCAUUAAAGAGGAUAAGUUUAUGAAAAAGGACACUAGAUUCAGUUUCAAAAGAUCUUUACCACCGAAAGAUUUCAAUAACGUACCAAGUAACAAAAGAUUAAACACUGUGGGACCUCAUUCAUUUGCAUCUAUUCAACCAUCAUCAGUAAGAAGGAUGAAUACUAAUAACAAUAAUAGUAAUACUAAUAAUAACAAUAACAGCAGUAACCGAUCUGAUGAUACUCAUAAUAAGCCGUUAAUUAAUAGAAAUGACAAUAAGACUACAUUCCCACAAGGACCUAAGAAUGCUGGUUCUCGUUAUCAAAGAUAA